ACUGCGGACACAGUACAGGAGAUGACCAGAGACUGCGGACACAGUACAGGAGAUGACCAGAGACUGCGGACACAGUGCAGGAGAUGACCAGAGACUGCGGACACAGUACAGGAGAUGACCAGAGACUGCGGACACGGUACAGGGAUGACCAGAGACUGCGGACACAGUACAGGGAUGACCAGAGACUGCGGACACAGUACAGGAGAUGACCAGAGACUGCAGACACAGUACAGGGAUGACCAGAGACUGCGGACACAGUACAGGGAUGACCAGAGACUGCGGACACAGUAC